AUGCAGGGGUUUGAAUGGCACGUGCCAGCCGAUCAACGCCAUUGGCAGCGCCUCCGCAAGGCAAUCCCCGAUCUGAAAGACAUCGGAGUUGAUAAUAUCUGGAUUCCUCCCGGGUGUAAAGGGAUGGACCCAUCUGGAAUUGGGUAUGAUAUUUACGAUCUAUAUGAUCUUGGGGAAUUCGACCAGAAGGGCACCAGAGCAACGCGAUGGGGUCCAAAGGAGGACCUCCAGAGAUUGGUAUGGGCUGCAAAGGAUAUGGAUAUUGGGAUUUACUGGGAUGCUGUUUUAAACCAGAAGGCUGGGGCAGAUUCAACCGAGAAUCUCUUAGUCGUCAAGAUGGACCCAGAAGAUCGGAACAUUGAAAUAUCUCGACCGCUGACUAUCGAUGGUUGGGUUGGGUUUGACUUUCCGGGACGUGGGGAGAAAUACAGCUCCAUGAAGUAUCACUGGCAACACUUUACUGGUGUGGACUGGGACGAUGCGAGCCAGCAGAAUGCAAUAUACAAGAUACUGGGACAGAACAAAGACUGGGCGAAGGACGUGAGUGAUGAGCAUGGAAACUACGACUACCUAAUGUUCGCCGAUCUCGACCAUUCCCACCCGGAAUGGAAUGCGAAUCGACGCAUUUCGGAGUACUGGAGAGGAGAGGUGGGUCUACUUCUGGGGUAUCUCAAGUUAAUGGAUUAUGGGGUCUCGUUGUUCGAUGUGCCACUUUUGGGCCAGUUUGCAGCUAUCUCGAAGAUCGCAGGCGGUGAUCUACGGAAUAUUUUCAAAGGCACGUUGGUAGAACAGAUGCCGUCGCAUGCAGUAACUUUUGUUGGAAAUCAUGACACGCAGGAUGGACAUUCAUUAGAGACUAUCAUUGCACCAUUUUUCAAACCUCUUGCAUACUCUUUAAUCCUCCUCCGAAGCCAAGGGCAGCCAUGCAUUUUCUACGGAGACUUCUAUGGAAUCAAUUGUGGAUCCAAGCCUCCUGGGACAUGCGGCGAAAUGCUUCCCAUACUCACGCGUGCGCGAAAGUUAUAUGCACACGGGAAACAACGGGACUACUUCAAUAGACGGAACUGCAUUGGAUUCGUGCGCUACGAGAACUAUAAACACCCGUUCAGUCUUGCCUGUAUCCUUAGCAACGGUGGCGCAUCCUCCAAGCGCAUGUUUGUUGGUCACAGACAUGCCGGGGAGUUGUGGACAGAUAUUCUUGGCUGGCAAAAUGAGACGGUACUCAUUAAUAACUGCGGCUAUGGAGUUUUCUCAGUGGCCAGCAUGAGUGUCAGUGUCUGGGUUAAUUCUCAAGCGGAGGGGAGGAAUCGAAUCAAUCGGCCUUUCAACGAGGAUAUAUACAGCCUAUAA